AUGUCAGACGGCGAGAAAGUUCAGAUGCAGGAGGUCAACAACCGCUUUGCUAGCUACAUCGCAAAGGUCCACUGCUUGGAGCAGCAGAAAAGGAAACACCUGGCGGAGCUGGAGAAGCUGCGGGGAAAAGGCACAUCCCGGGUUGGAGCUCUGUACGAGAAAAAGAUAUGGGACCUGAGGGAGGAGGUGGACCAGCUCUGCAAAGAGAAGACCCAGGUGGAAGUUGAGCGGGAUAACCUGAAAGAGAAGUUGCAGAAUAAGAGAUCCCUGCUGGAGAAGGCACAUCAGGAUUUGGACGAUUCUAGAAUCACAUCAGCGACUCUAGGGUGGAAGGUUGAGUCACUCCAGAAAGAAAUCAUCUUCCUCAAGGAUCUGCAUGAAAGGGAAAUACAGGAGCUGCAGACCCAGCCGCAGCAGUAUGUGCAGGUGGACAGGGGGGUGGUUAAACCUGACCUUACAGAUGCUCUGAGGGACGUCCGUGAGCAGUAUGAGAAAUUGGCCUCCAAAAACAUUCAUGAGUCUGAGGAACGGUACAAAUCCAAGCUUGAUGAACUCACCGAAGCGGCAGAUAAGAAUAAUGAGGCCUUGCGACAGGCCAAGGAAGAGGUGCGACAGGCCAAGGAAGAGGCCAGUGAUCAUAAGGGCAAAGUUCAGUCACUAACUUCUGAGGUGGAUGCCCUUAAAGGAACAAACAAAUCCUUGGACGUCCAGAUGAAAGAGAUGGAGGAGAAUUUCUCAGUGGAGAAGAAAACCGUCGGCAGCUUGAAGGAGGAAAUUCAGAAAAUGAAUGCCAAGAUGGCCCGUGACCAACAGGAGUACCGGGACCUCCUAAAUGUCAAGACGGCCCUGGACAUAGAGAUUGCCGCCUACAAGAAGCUGCUGGAUGGAGAGGUGGACAGAUUAACGAUCCCUCUUAAACCAUUCCAGUAUUCUCUGUGA